GUUUGCAAUUAACAUAAGAUGGAUGGCAUCGAUUGUAAAAUCUUUGCAACCCCAUGUUAGUUGGAAACCACUUGAGCCAACAGUUGGAACGAACCACCUAUCUGUGAUUACCUUGCUCAUUUAUCAAAUCUAUUGCAUGUAACUGCUAAUUUAUUGUCUAGGUUAUGCCAUUGUGUGUAAAUGUGUAGUCUUUAUUGCAUUACUUAUAUUGUAGGCAAUGCUAAUACAGUAUCUUAUUUCGCAUGUACUUUAUCACUUUCCUCACUGAAAUUGCAUGUAAAUGGUACAGUAUAUUAAACUCAUAUUCAUGCAUCCAUCAUGCACUUGUUGAUUAUUAACUACAGAUGCGUCCCUUCAAAAAAGUUUCAAAGUCCAAACAACAGCAAAGUGGGUUGGCAGAUAACCCACCUAAUGAGGCUAGCGGUGGUAUGCGUAUUGAUACAAGAACAAGGAGUCAAAAUUGGAGCAACAUGUUGGAUGCGCAAUUGUUGGGGCUGAUGAGAGAUGAACAUACAUUUGGUAAUUGCGUAAAUGGAUCAUUCAUUCCGAUUGCUUGGAAGCGAAUGGUAAAUGAUUUCAACAGUCGAAACAAUUUGAACUUAACAAAGACACAAUUAAAGAAUCGAUUUAAAGUGUUAAAAAAAACUUUCAAUUUGUACCAUUCUCUUGCCAAUAAGAGCGGGUGGGGAUGGAACUCUGACUUGCACAUUCCCACACCUGGUGACGCAAGAAUCUGGGAUUCUGUAAUAGCGGAGAACCCGGCGUACGCCAGGUGUAGGGAUAAGCCCUUUCCCGCCUACGAUGAUAUGGAAUUUCUUACCCAAAAUACAACUGCGACAGGAAGAUAUGCAUUUACAAGUGCUGUGGAGCUUCCCCCUAUAAUUGAAAGCUCCUCUGGGUCAUCCCCUGGUGAGGAUGAUACUAUUGCUGGCAUUGGAAUGGCAGCUUGUAAUCUCUCAUCGGACCCAUUCGAAGCAGGGGGAUCUGGAUGCGCCAGAAAUGCUAACUUUGAUGAAGCAAAUACGUCACGCUCCCCAAGCCCUCCCGUGAUGCCUACAACUGGUGCAAGUGGUUCUGGUCAUAGCUCUGGUAGUAAAAGAGCUCGUUCUCCAGAGUCUAACAAAAAGCAAGCACAAACGGCAACUACAUCUGGGGGACGAAAAAAGAAAGUAGAUGCCCGGACUUCUGCUUACCUUGACAUCGCGGAGCAGGGUAAGGAAAAGCUUGGUUGGGUGCGGCAACUAUGUCAGCUAGAGCUGAGCAAGAGCACUGAUAUGCCAUCGCAGAACCAAUGCAUGCAACGAGUGUAUGGGAUGACGGGGUUAAGUGAUGAUGAUAUCUUAGUUCUCUGUGAUGCGUUUAAGGAAGACAAGAAUCGCAAUGCUUUCAUGUCAUUGAAUGACAAGCAUGCAAGAAAGUGGGUUGAGCGAGAAAUUGCGCAGCAAAAUCUAUACUAUAGGCCGUCAUUUCUCGGGAGUUAG